UGGUUUGAGCGUCUAUGCAUAAUGAUGCAAAGUGUAGAAUCUUUGCAUAUUUAUGACCUUUUAUCAGCUAUGGGACUGAAUGACUGUAGUUUUGUUUUAUUAACCCCGCCUACUGAAAGCCUCUAUGACGCCAUAGAGCUAUGUUUCUUCCGUUUGACACCGGAUGGCGCUACUACAACGCACUGUUUACGGCACAGGGGACAAAGCAACCAACUCGAUUUCAACACUGGAUCAACCGUACGCUCUAUUUAACCAUUUCACAGCCGAAACUUACUGAAACCCCUGGACAAGAAGAUUCUACAAAUGAACACGUGAUUUUACAGUACCCUAAAUGGAAAUCAAUAUAUCUGAUGCAUCUGGGCUCAGAUAUAACAUGUUAAAGUAAACAUUUGGAUGGAAGAAAGAGCCACAUCCAUGACACUUGAACGCUUAAAAAUCUGCUUUGAAUAGAGAAAGUUUUCUUUCACUGCAGAAAUUCUUUCUGCAAUAAUGGACAGGGAGGACGGCCUCUCACAGAACACUGAGGAUUUAAGUUAUGAGCAUAAUGGCUCCAAAGAUAUCAAGAGAAUAGAGGCCAAAGGAACCUGUUUAAAAAUUGAAGGGAAAGAUGGUUAUGUGUUUAAAUCAUACAGAAUUACUCCUCAAGAGGUACUGGAAGCAGAACCACAUACUUGUCCCCCUGAGACAUUGGCAAAUGAUUCCUCUUUGGUGUCUUUGUCAUUUGAGGGCACAGAGGAGGAUGGAUCUGACGUCGAUGAACUUUCAACAGGGGAUUCAGCAGCAGAAAGUUGUGAAAAACAUGACUCUCAAACAUCUCCAACUAUUUCAGAUAGGAGCCAGAACAUUGAAAUAAAUAAUUCAGAAAUUGAAACGAGUGUAUGUAUCAAAGCAGAACCAAAUGAAACCGGUGAAAUUGCUCCGGAUGAUGAAAAGUUGUCAUUUGAUGGGGCCUUUGGCCCCUUUGCCACCAGAGGUUAUGACGAUGAUUAUGGUAGCUUGUUCAGUGGGUACUCCAGUACUCUGUAUGAUGUUGCAAUGGAUGCUGUCACACAAAGCCUUCUAUCAUCCAUAAGAAGUCCACUAAACCCUAGAAAAAAAUCCCCUGCUUGGAACCAUUUUUUCAUAUCACCACGUGAUAGUACCAAAGCAAUCUGUAUGUACUGUAUGAAAGAGUUCAGCCGGGGUAAAAACGAGAAAGAUCUCAGUACUAGUUGUUUAAUGAGGCAUGUGCGAAGGGCUCACCCCACUGUUCUUCUGCAAGACAGUGACUCGUUAAGUAAUUUGUCCAACAAUUCACCUUCAAUACCUCCUAAUAUAUCACCAAACAAUGGAGACUUGUCUGUAAGCAUCAAGCCCCCUACAGACAACAAUACUCCACUGUCCUCCUUUCUAUCCGAGGCAACAGACAUAGUAUCCAAAGACUCUUUAAAAAAGAUCAAACCAAAAGCUGAAAAAAGCGUCAAGAAUGACUCUAGUGUGGUUCCAUCCCCACAUUCCUUAAACAACCAUAAUGAUGAUGCCUCUGACUUGGGAAGUGAAUGCCCUGGAUCAGCCCCUAAGAGCUCAAGUUCCCGACGGCGCUCUGCAGUGUGGAAACACUUUUAUUUGUCCCCUGCUGACAGCUCGAAAGCAGUGUGUAUUCACUGCAUGAAUGAGUUCAGUCGUGGCAAAAAUGGGAAAGACUUAGGGACGAGCUGCCUUAUUCGCCACAUGUGGCGGGCCCAUCGAGACAUAGUCAUUGAAGAAAAUGGACAGGGCUCAAGUAUUCCUCUCCCUUACAUCACUCCACCAACAUUGCUCUCUCGCACACACGACUCCGCAGAGGUCAAAAAGGUAUUCCUCUGUUCAUCCAACCGCUCUGAUGACAUAUCAGAUGAUGUGCCCAAUGAUGACAGUGAGCACAUGAUUCUUGAGGUUGAGGCAACUGAUACUACAUAUCGAUCUGGAGAAGAGCCCUCACAUGAUGAAAAGUUUAAACUGAAAGGGGAAAAUAUAUCUCGGUCAUCCUCACCAGAUGAACACACUGAGGAGCACAACAUAUCCCAAGAUCAGAGCUCAGUUUUUCAACAAAACAAGAAAAUAAUGAAACGGGUGAAAUCAGAAGUAUGGCAUCAUUUCAUUGUCUCUCCUGUUGACCAACUCAAAGCUUUGUGUCGGUAUUGUCCCUGUGUCAUAAGCCGUGGUAAACGAGGGGACUUUGGCACAAGCUGUUUAAUGAGACAUUUGAUGAGACGGCAUCCUGAUGUUCUCAAAAGCCAAAAAAGCACAAAUGACACAGUUUCCUCACCUCAGUCUCCCCAUUGUACUCCUGCUGCAGAGGAUGACAUGGUGACAGAUGCAACGGGUAGCCCUCCUGCUGAGAACAAACACCACACCCUGCCUGUUUUCAGCAAAAAGACUUCAAAGCUAUGGAAUCACUUUUCUAUUUCCUCUGCAGACCCAACAAAGGUGGUCUGUUUGCACUGUAGCCGCACAAUUAGCAGAGGCAAAAAGACAACCAAUUUAGGCACUAGUUGCUUAUUAAGGCACAUGCAGAGAUUUCAUGGGAAUGUGCUUGAAAUUAAUAGUAAUAUCUCAGGUGAUGUGUCAUCUGCUGAAAUUCAAAUUAAGCAGGAGCUUAUGGACAUUUCUUCUUAUGAGGAGAAUGCAGAAAAGUUCAGUGAAUGCCACCCAGCUGCCAAAAAAAUAACCAAACUCAUUGCAGAAAUGCUUGCACUGGAUCUUCAGCCAUCAACUGUAGUGGAGAAUGUUGGCCUGAACCGAUUACUGGAAUACCUCCAGCCACAGUAUUCUCUCCCUUCUUCAUCCUACUUUACCAGCACUGCAAUACCAGAAAUGUAUGGAAGCGUGAAAGAAGUAGUUCUUACCCACCUCAAGGAAGCUGAAGGUGGAAUCAUCCAUUUCACGACAAGUGUUUGGGUGAGCAGCCAAACUCAGGAGUAUUUGAUUCUUACAGCCCACUGGGUAACAUUCGAGUCUCAAGUUCUGCCUCAGGGGCAAGAUUUCCACUGCUCAGCCCUCCUUGGUGUUUCUUCAAUUGACUGUGACUACGAUGUGAUGAACGUACAAAAGCAGCUUGAAUAUCUUUGGGACACCUGGAUUGGUUCCUCUGGCCUUAAAAUUGGAUUUACUGUAACAGAUAAUCAAACUAUUGGAAGCAUUCUAGAAAGCAGUGAUCACACCGCCAUGCAGUGUUUUGUUUAUAGUAUAGACAUCAUUGUUAAUGAAGCCAUAAAAAAUCAACGGAUGGUUCAGAACUUGCUUAGUAUGGCUCGAAAAAUCUGUGAGAGAGUUCAUCGUUCUGCUAAAGCAAAGGAGAAGUUGGCAGAGCUGCAAAAAGCUUAUCUGUUACCUGAAAACCAGCUGGUUCAGGAUGUUCCUUCUAAGUGGAAAACCUCGUAUUUUAUGCUUGAGCGAUUAGUAGAACAAAAGAAAGCCAUUGAUGAGAUGUCAAUAGAGUGCAAUUUCAGGGAACUGAUAAGCUGUGACCAGUGGGAAGUCAUGCAGUCAGUCUGCAAUGCUCUUAAGCCUUUUGAGGUUGCCUGCAGAGAGAUGAGCAAUCGCACAGCAACACUAGGUCAGGUCAUUCCACUCAUUCACAUACUCAACCGAAAAAUAGAUAUGCUUUUUGAUGAGACCAUGGGGAUUGACAAUAUGCUCAAGUCUUUAAAGGAAGCAAUGGUGGCUAAAAUGUCCCCUACACUUCAUGACCCCAGGUACAUAUGGGCAACCAUGUUGGACCCAAGGUAUAAAACCUCCCUUUUUACUGAGGAAGAAGCAGAGCAGUGUAAGCAUGACCUCAUACAAGAGCUUGAGGUGUCUUCAUCUAACUCUGUGGAGACAAAACCACCACUAUCAAAUGGAUGCAGUGAAAUUCCAGCUUCAUCAAACAGCUUGGCCUCAAGCAAAGAAAACCUCUGGGCUCUUAUGGAUGACAUUAGACAGAGAAUCAAGCAGGAGGAGAGACCAAAAUCAUUGGAGCUUGCAGUGCUGGAGUAUUUGGAGGAAGACAUUCUUGACCAGAGUUGUGAUCCUCUGAAUUAUUGGAACCUAAAGAAGUUACUGUGGCCUGAACUUGCCAAAGUCGCUGUACGCUAUGUGGGUUGUCCACCCAGCAUUGUACCAGCAGACACACUUUUUAGCACAUCAAGUCUCAGCUAUGCUCUGAAUCAGUCCCGGCCAUUGCUAGAAAAUCUUGAAGGACUUCUAUUUUUAAAGGUCAACCUUCCUUUGAUAUAUUUUCGGUAUUGAUGAUUGUGUAUUUAUAUUUGCAAGGCUGUUUCUUAGAACCUAGGACCACUGAUAUUUAAUUGAAUAAAAGAUUGCUUGAGUACUACUGUUGAGUACACUUUAUCACUGGAGUCUUAUUUCUGGUGAAAAGUUUUUUUUCAGGAAGGGAGGGUUAGCUAGCUAUAGGGUUAGUUAUUGUUUGUUGCUGUACAUUAAUUUCUUUUAGAAAAUGCAUUUUAACUUUGUCUUCUCUCUCCUUGUGCCUUAUACAAACUACUUCAGGACAACAUGCUGUAAAUAUUAACUGAUGUGCAAAGUCAUAGUCUUCUGAUUUAAAUGAUUUUAAAAAAAGUAAACCACAUGCUGAAUACUGUUUUUAUAUAAACACAUGGCCCAUAAUAAAUGCUGUGACUGAGAGAUGUUUUAAAUGCAUUUUAUUUAAUUCUGUGAUUUUUGAGGUACUGUUAGAACUUUGGUUAUUUUUAACCCUUUUGUUGAUGAUUGUUUUGUUUGUAUCUGUAAAAAAUAUUACAUAAUGUUGUACUUUUCAGGUUAAAAUGUUUUUAGAAAACUUGUCAAGAACAUUUUUUAUUUUUAUUUCUAAAAGAUUAAAUUAUGGGACGUCAAAAAAAUGUACUGUACAUUUUAUAAAUAAUUUCCAAAAUAUAAUUAGAUAGAGGAAUAGUUCAGACUGGAACAACUAGGGUUUUUUUUUUUUUCUUGUGGUAAUUUGUAAAUAAUAAAUUUUAUACUUUGAAGCCAUGUUGUGUUUAAAUUUGUUUCAGUUGUGUUUAAAAAAGUUUCAGGUCUUUGUCUUGUGAUUUUCCUUGAUUAUUGUCACCUUAUUUUUUAAUAUAUUUUCCAAAUCUGAUUGAUCUUGCUAAAUCUACUCUAUCUAAUUCCAAUCCAAACUGAGAAAUGUGGGGAAAGAGGUUUAGAUAUUAAUAGGACUUGGUUGUGUAAAAAAUAAUACAUAUAUUCAGGGGUGUAUUGGAGGAGACCAGAAAGUUACAAAGCACAUGAUUUGGGAAGGACAAUGAGCUGGGACUGAAACUCAUCAGCACUGUUGCAAUGUAUUUAAGAACUAUAAAAAGACUAGUUCCUGUAGAACUAAUGUAUGAUGUUAUGGUGAACUUAAGUAUAAUGAUUGCAGUACUGAGAAAAAAAAAGGAUGUGAUGAACAGGCCAUCUGUCCAGGGUGUUCUUCUGCCUUCAGCCAGAAAUGUUGAGAUGAACCUAUAUAGCACUAGUAAAAAAAAAAAAAAAAUAUGAAUAGUCUUUU